AUGGGGAGCCCGUUGCAAAGCGCUUAUGACUUCGACCCCAGUUCACUCACCUCACGGCUUAGCAGUCCACCAAACUCGCGGCCCUCGUCACAAGCCUUACGUGGUCACUUCCCUCUUCCUGCUGACCCUAAACUAUGGGGGUCAAACACAUCUCCUGAUCACCCUGAUCCAGACGACUGGCUACACGAACCCGAUCCCAAGAAAGAUCGCAACCUCAACAGCACUGGGCACAUCUUUACUUUCAGGGGCAUAUCAAAUCUUGGAUGUCUUCUUGUUCUCAUACUAUGCAUCCUCGGCCUUUUCGCUGGCUACCCCAUCGCAUCUGCACUUACCUCGCAUCCGCGAUCCAACAAUGGCGGAUCCAACAUCGGCGGUAUCAACGCCAGCGGUCAGGUACCCAAGAUGUUCGGGGACUUUGCCCUGAUCGAUGCAGACACGCCCUCGAGCGCUUACACCUACAAAUCCUUCAAUGACGGGAGCGAGUGGCAGCUUGUCUUCAGUGAUGAGUUCGAGCAGGACGGGCGGACAUUCUGGCCGGGGGACGAUCCGUUUUGGGAGGCGACGAACCUUCAUAAUUGGCAGACCGGCGAUCUUGAGUGGUACCAUCCUUCAGCCGUCGCUACAAACAACGGUGCAAUGGAGAUUACGUUCAGUGAGAAGGAGAUCAACAACCUGGAUUACAUGAGCGCCUCGGUGUCGACGUGGAAUAAGUUCUGCUUCACGGGCGGACUGAUCCUUGCCUCUGUCACACUCCCGGGGUCAAGUUCUGUGAGCGGUAUGUGGCCCGCCAUCUGGACGAUGGGUAACUUAGGUCGAGUGGGAUAUGGUGCUACGCUUGAUGGCAUGUGGCCAUACGUGUACGACUCCUGUGACAUCGGCACUGUCGCGGCUCAAACGCACAACGGUGGCCCUGCAGCCGCAGUCCAUAAUGGAGAUUCGGGCGCGCUGUCUACUCUCCCCGGACAGCGGCUCUCACGUUGCACGUGUCCAGGGGAAAGCCACCCGGGGCCCAAGCACAGCGACGGCACGUUCGUCGGACGAUCAGCGCCCGAAAUCGAUAUCUUUGAGGGUCAGGUGAACGGCGGUUCUCACUCCGGUGCUGUGUCUCAAUCGGCGCAGUGGGCGCCCAUGAAUGCGGAGUAUGAGUGGGACAAGACGGGCAACUAUCAUUUCGCUGAUACUUCAAUCACGGCGUGGAACCCAUACCAAGGCGGUACUUAUCAACAGCCGACGUCGGCCGUCACGAAUUCUAAUUAUUCGUGUUAUGAUCAAGAGAGCGGGUGCUUCGCGACGUACGGCUAUGAGUACAAACCAGGUUACAAGAACGACAGCGCUUACAUCACCUGGAUCAACAAUGGCGUGGAGGCUUGGACAUUUGAAGCUGGCGGCAUGGCAGCGGAUCCGGAAACCGAGGUUAACGAUAGGCCUAUCUCUGAAGAACCUAUGUACAUCAUCGCGAAUGUCGCGAUGGCCACGGGUUUUUCGUUCGUGGACACUGCAAACCUUGUGUUCCCCACGAAAAUGCGAAUCGAUUGGGUACGAGUUUACCAGCCCAAGGACGCCGUCAACGUCGGAUGUGAUCCAAAGGAGUAUCCCACCUCGGCGUACAUCCAACAGUACGCAGAAGCCUACAACAACCCCAACCUUACUACAUGGGUCAAAGAUUACAAGCAGACCAUACCCAAGAACUCGUUCCUUGGAGAGUGUUGA